AUGUCUCCCAGUCCGACAGUAUCCAGUAUCUACAGUCGAUCGAUAGGAUCGCCGAAAUUGGACAUUCAGCUGGUUCACAAUCGAACCAGUUCCUCGGUGUCAUCUGAGCCUGACUGUCCCCAAAUCACGCUGGCCGAUCAUAAAGUUGGAGACGCUAGGGGUUUUAGCACCGCCUUGGAAUCUACCGGCAGCCGGUUACAAAUCGCAAAACAUUCCACACCUCAAUCAAAUUGCGAAUACCAGAAGAUCCUUGCGGAUGAGCUGACCGGCAUUCAAUGGGAAAAUGAGUUUUAUGGGGAGUGCACUGAGAUCUAUGAAGAACUGGUGCUAGCCACUGUAAAGGCGUCGCAGAAUUUGUCAUCUCAGUCCCAGUCGCGUCUGUUGGAUUAUUAUUUUGAGCCGUACACAUGCCCACCCAAAAAUGACUUUAUUCUUCAGGCCGUCCGAGAUCUAGAAAUUGCGCUGGGGGAAUCUCAGUCCCGCGAAAUUGCAGCGCUUGAGAAAUGGGUAAAACAUUGGGACCCUAAACCCGGUGAACGUAUUUCAACUGCCUGGAUCUGA